AUGCCUCCAAAAAAUUGUGGUCCAUGUGUUAUACCUGGCUGUACUAACACCAAUAAUGAAUUCAGAAAGUUAACUGAUUAUACUAUUAAUAAAAUUAGACUUAAAGAUGUAAAUAAUGAAUAUGGAUUUUUAAAAAAAGAUGAUCAAUUAUGCUACAGGAUACAUUAUUUAAAUAUAGUUGAGCCAGACAGACAUGAGAAGUAUAAGAAAAACACAAAUAAUAAAAAAUUGGCUGAAGAUGGUUUGGUUGGUGAAUCUUCAAUUAAUGCUAUAACUAAUAAACAAAAAGAUAACUUAGAUUGGUCUAAAAUUAAAAUAAAUUCUAUUGAGAAUAAUGUUAUUGUAUCCAAAGAUGAUUUUAAAAGUAUAAUGGAUCAUAUUAAUAAUUUGCAAUUGCUAAUUGAAGAAAAUUCAUAUUAUGUUGCUGAAAAUAAUAAUGAUGUUGAUGAUAACUUAGACACAAAUAUUAUUGAUGAUGGUAUUGAUAUAGAAACAGGAAAUGAUUCAUUUGCAACAAAAAUAAAACUGUUGAGUAAAGUUCUUUACAAACAGCAAAGAAAAUUUAAAAAGGGCAUAGAGUCAGAUCCAUCAAAAUUUUCCGACAUGAUUGAACAAAGUGAUCCAAGACUUCAAGGUUUUUUUGAAGAAAUGACUGAUGCCAUAAUUCCAGACAAAAGGACAGAAAGCAAUAAAGAAGCAGCAAAAAGAUCUAUUGUAGUAUUUUGUUAUUUGUUAGUAGGUUUACGUAACAAAUUUACCAAUUCCUUAAAGCUUGAUCUUGGUAUUUACCUUGUUGGAGCAGGUGCAAGUUGCACAGCCAUUGAUACACUUGCAAAUAUGGGAAUCACAACAUGUUAUAAAACAAUUGAAAAUUAUAAAAAAGAUCUUGCUUUAAAACAUCCACAAAAAAUAAAUGAAAAUUUUGGUGAAUAU